AUCUUUGGCAAGAUUUUAUAAUGAAGAUCAAAUUACUUGUUGGUUUGAUUUGUCUAAGUGUGGUUUAUACUAAACCAUUAGAUGAUGACAACCAAGCCCAAGAAGGCGAUGACAAACCUGGAGAAAAGAGGGAUAACAUCGAAAAAUUAUCAAACGAUAACAAAGCAAACACUACAACAAACACAGAAGAGACAGCAGGAUCCAACAACAUAGAUUUAGUUUCAGAUGCCGCUGAAUCAUCUCCAAAUCAAAAAUCAACCAUUGGCGUUACAGACACAACGCUUUUGCCUUCACCUACUUCUUCCGCCCCAUCAACAAAAAAAGUGACGACGGCACCUAUAUUAACAACAGUUUUACCAACAACCGUUCAUAAAGUAGGAUCAACUGUUGCUGGUACGGUUAGUCAAGUAACCGUACCAGCAACGUUCAGCAGAAUGAUUGAUCUUGAACAUGAGGACGAAAAAAUUACAAACUCUAUUUCUUCAAGAGAGCAUCCUAUGACUGCAAAGUACUCGAAGAAUGAAGAUACUCCAUUUACUACCACUCGUUCUAAAACAGUAUCAAAUAACGAAGAUACUCCUAUCACUACCACUCGCUCAAUGAUGGUAUCAACAAAACAUGCUACAAGUCAUGCAUCAACAAUAUCAACUCACAAAACAACCGCUAUUCGUAAAACAACACCAACAAAAUCAAGUUACUCUUCUACCAAAAUUCAUCAAACUACAUUGAACACCAGAACGUCGACAUCAACGUCGACAUCAACACAUUCAACAACUAAAAAGAAAGGGGUAACUACAAAAGCUCCUGUCAUCACCACAAAACCUGCUACUACAAAACCAGCAACUACAAAAAGACCCACUACAAAAUUGGUCACUACAAAAAUGGUCACUACAAAGAUUGUCACUACAACUCAAACAACGCCAAGGAUAGCUGUAACUACUCAAAAAACUACGCCGCCAACACCACAAACUGUUGAAAAUUCAAGAAAUGAUACGUAUACAAUGAGUGCAACAACUUUUCACGUUGCAAUUCGCCUUCUGGCAGAAAAGUAUGUUGAAGAUUUCAAUUUUGUUACAAGCCCGGUUUAUCAGAGUUUGAAAAAACACGUUAUGCAAACGAUUGCCGCAGUUUACUCCAACUACCCUGAAUUUAAGCAAAUUGUAGUGAUUAAAUUUACAAACUCCAAAGCAUUAGGUGUCACUCCUCUAACACGUGAUAUGAAUGAUGACAAACGAGACAUAAUUAAUCCAGUCGCAGGAGUUAUUGUCGACUUUUAUUUACGAUUCUACUCAAAUGGAAGACAUUUAGUGCCGCUCACUAGACAAGUUCUUAAUGGAAAAAUUGGCACCAUUCCGGUCUCUCCACAAUUUGUUAGAGCCUAUUCCGCAGAACCUAAAGGUCGCGUUUGCACUCCUGAUUGCAGACUGCAAUGUUAUUCUUACUGUGACUCUGGAUGUUGUCACAUUAAUGUAGUACAGCAUCUUGAUGCUCCAACCCAAUCGCCAGUAGAUAGUUUAAUUCAGCAACAGCAAGAUGAAUUAAGAAACCCUCAACUGUGUCAGGGUUCAUCAUGUGAUACUCAACUUCUCCAACAACCUUGUUCAGGUCAGUCGUGUUUAACUUCACUACAAACUCCAUGUCAGGGUCCAAGCUGUUCAAUCAGUGCUGAUCAGCCUUGCCAAGGUCAAUCUUGUAUUUCUGCAUUACCAAUGCAACAACCUUGCCAGGGUCAAAAUUGUGCGCCGCAAAUGAAUAUGCCUCAGCAAUGUCAGGGUCAGUUAUGUCAACCACCAGUAAUUCAACAGCAACCUUGUCAAGGUCAAUUUUGUGGUAACGCAGUACCAAUGCAGCAACCCUGUCAGGGUCCAACAUGCUCUUUGAUAAUGCAAAAUCCUUGUAUUGGGCCACAAUGUUCAAUUCCACCACCAAUGCCAGCAUCACCCUGUCAAGGUGCAACUUGCGGUCAACCAGCCCAAUUUCAAAUGCCGCCACAGUACUUCGGUUUACCUCAAAUGAAUCCAUCUUCAUGCCCACCACUAUGUUCUCAGAAUUGUGGGCCGAUGUGUCCUACACAGUGCUGCAAUAAUAGAGAGCAACAAGUUCCGUUGUAUCCACAAAUAAGAUGUGGUCCACAGGGGUGCUAACUUUUUAAUUCAUCAUACACAAACUUACAUUGUAUAUAAAAAUCAUUAUGUAUACAUAGUUUAUAUAAUAACAAAUUUACUAAA